AUGCGACGACCGAUCCAUUCGCCUCCUUCGCAGCUAAUAAUCGACCGGUCGCGCAGUUCUUCCCUUCACUGCUUCCCAGUUCCCGGAACCAAUAAUCGCUAUUUGUCUACCCUUGAGCCGCCUCAGUCAGGCUCAUCGUUUUCAGAAGGUGAUCAUUUCUCUACAUCCGCUGACGAAGCUGCCUUACGGUUAAUGCCCCUCGGCGGUUCAGUUACUCGCGGCAUUGGAUCAUCCCAUGGGGCGGGGUAUAGAAAAUCGCUUUUGCACAUGCUCCGGGUCGAUAGCAUCAAUGCUCGCAUGAUGGGCUCGCGAAAAGAUAGACUGAUGUCCAAUAAUGACCACGAGGGCUGGCGUGGCUUCAGAAUUGACCAGAUCGAGAGAAAGGCUCGAAAAUCCGUGGAAGCCUUGUCACCACAUGUCUUCUUGGUUAACGCCGGCUCGAAUGACUGCCUCCAAUUUUUCAGUAUUACAGAAGCUGGUAACCGCAUGGGUGUUAUGCUCGAUUAUCUGUGGCUGGCUUCCCCUCAGUCCACCAUCAUCCUCUCUACUUUGCUUCCCAGUGCGGACAAAGAGGUGAACUCGGCGGUGAUGCGCGUCAACGACCAGUUUCGCGCUUUGGCCCAACAGAAGGCGACUGAACAGAGGCAGGUCGUUUUGGUGGACAUGGACACAUCGGAUGGACCGGACGUUCAGGGAUUCUCCGAUGGGAUACAUCCAGAUCACAAGGGCUACCAUGAGAUGGCAAGAUUAUGGUUCCGUGGCACUCCAAAAAGGGUUCAUUGA